UCUGAUAAAUGAACGUCGUGGCUCUACUGACGAGAGAGAAAAUUCUUGGUUGUGGUUGUUAACGGCAGAUGUCCGUACUAACUGAAAAAAAGGGGAUUUGAAUUCAGUGGAGUACACCAAAAUAAUUCCGGAGUAGCAAGAGCCCAAUUUCUUUAAACCUUUCUGUCCCAAUUUUUAAAUUAGAAAAAAUAGACCCUGUACCCAAGACCCAUGUAUGAUAUACCAAUUAAAAGCUAUCGAUUUGUGUGUUCCAAAAAAUCGCAUCAACAACCAGUAAGGAAGUGGUACCUUUGACCGAGCAAAAACACGGUGAAACGGACGAAUAUUAAUUUAUGUUCUCUCUCUUUUAGGUCAACGAUCGUGUUCAGUGGAUAGAAGCAAGUGAUUGCCCUGACAAGUUCCUUCUAUCCAGUAAGCUUAUAUUACACGAGAUAUGGAAGGUGGAGUUCCAACUGUACUCAGCCCAACAGUCCACCACUCCAUCGCGUUUGUUUACAUCGUUUUGGCGCUCGCUGCGUUCCUCCUCAAUUCAAUCGUCCUCCUGACGUUCUACAUGGACCAUUCCCUCCUUUUUCCCGCCAAUAUGCUAGUCCUCAGCAUAGCCAUAUCUGAUUGGCUGAUGGGAGUGGUGGUAAAUCCAGUGGGAGGUGCUGUCAAUGCCUCUGGGAGUACGUCGUUCAGUGAAGCUUCGUGCACUUUUUAUGCUUUCAUAUCCACUUUCUUGGGCCUGGGCUCCAUGUUGCAUCAUGCGGCUUUUGCAGUUGAUAGGUACUUAGUGAUCUCUCGACCAAUGGAAGCACAGUAUGGCUCGGGCCGUAUGCUGGCAGCGAUUGGCGGCUUAUGGGCCUUCGCUCUCAUGUGGAGCGUGUUUCCGCUGAUGGGCUGGUCAGCCUAUGGUGCAGAAGCAGGAGAUAUUGCUUGCUCCAUCAGAUGGCAAUCGACGAGUUCUUCAGAUACAGCUUACGUCAUUUGCCUCUUUGUCUUUUUCUACUUCGGACCACUCGCCACCAUCCUGUUCUGUUACACCCUUGUUUUCUUAAACAUGCGAUACAUGACACGAAACGCGCAAAAGAUUUGGGGUGCAAACGCCGCCGCUACCUUGGAAACCAUUCAGGCAUCGUGGAAGAUGGCCAAGAUUGCUCUUGUCAUGGUCAUCGGAUUCUUUUUCGCGUGGACGCCCUAUGCUGUAGUGUCGUUCUACGCCGCCUUCGGUUUCGCCAAAGACAUCCCGACCCUGCUCGCCGCUUUUCCGGCAAUGUUCGCCAAGACCUCCAAUUUCUAUAACCCGAUAAUUUAUUUUUUUUUCUAUAAAUCAUUUCGCGAGAGCUUGAUGAAAUCUUGGCGGCGAUAUAGAAACAGAAACGUGGUAAUGCCCUUCAAUCAGUCCAGCCACUCAGCCUUUGUAGUCAAUUCAAGAACCAGCAGAUUUAUCAAUGAUUCCACAUCAAUGGAGGUAAUUCCUUUGUAAGUAACUGUUGAACGACCUGUGCCGCCGGACUCUGCACAGGUUUAAUUGAGCUGUGCUUGUCCAUGCUGGCUUGUCAAAUCAAGCUGCUUCGUUACCUACGGUACAUGAAAGUUGGAAACAUUUACUGAAAUCUUCAUUGCAAUAUCAAACUCCAAAUAGAACAGCAAAAGAGUAGUUCAUCCCUGUAGGCUCCUGUGGUUUUCGUGUCGCUGGGCCCAGAAGCAGUCAUGGCUUAGAGCCAACUCAGACUAGAAGGAAGUGAGAUACAAGUGACAUGUUCGUAGAAAGGAUAACAAUAUAAGUCUAAGAGUUCCCCUUUUCAAGCUGUCCUCAAAUUCAUUGGAUUGACUUGUUCAAUGUAAUGUAAUUUGGAAUUUGUGUUAAAGAUUAAAGAUUAAAGAAAGAUCUCCGAAGCUGUAUUUGCUUCUGCUCAAGAGACCCUCGUGGUAUUAAAAAACGAUUAAAAAGCGAUUUUUCUUGAUCUCAGUACAGACGUGGAUAAACGUAGCUGAGUCGAUAAGACACAACGAUAAACUUCAGAGCUUAAAAUAAGGAACUCCGCCAUUAAUUUCUCCGGUGAGGGCCUCACAUGCAAGGCUGUCUACCAAUAAUUAUCAAGGCAUGUAAACUAACACAUCAGAUGAUCUUAGAAUAUCUAGCACUCUACGAGUAAGGUCUCUUGACAGUUCUCACAGGCUAAAUAACUAGCAGAGUUCUAGUGUGUUCAUUGGUCGAGAGCUACGACCGAUGAGAGCAUAGACACAUAACACAUGACGCGGUAACCUGUCACGCAACGCAACGACACGCGAGGCAGCUUUCAGAAAGUUCGGAAAUUGUCGCGACUUAUUCUCCGAUAAAACUGGAUAAAGCGAAAUCAGAAGUGAAAACACUAACUUCGCUCGUUUUAUGACGUCGCUUAUACGGUCUAUUCGACAAGUACUCCACGACGCGGAUUGGAUAUGACGUGGUAGACUGGUAACGCACCUAUCAAUGUUAAGCCCGAGGGGAGAGGGGUCGGGCAUAGGCUGGGGAUUUUGACAUUUUCUAAAAAAAAAUUAUCAAGAUCCCCACCCCCGGGCAAAAAAAUAAUUGUCGAAAGUAUCAAAAUCCCCCACCCUGGGGCAAGGGAAAGCGGUCAUAUGCCCUAGCUUCAGUCCUUGUUGCACACAAGAGGAAAGCAAUAAAUAACGUACCAAAGACUCAAUAAACAUUUAUACAGAACAUUAACAAAUGGUUUACUUCUUUUCUGCUGUUUGUAAAAAACUGCAUUAAAACAUUACAGAAUAGUAACAAAUGGU